AGCCAGCAGGAUGCACAGGAGUUCCUGCGGUUCCUCCUGGAUGGGCUGCACAGCGAGGUGAACCGUGUGCUGGUGCGGCCCCGGCCCAGCACAGACACCCUGGAUCACCUCCCUGACGACGAGAAGAGCCGGCAGAUGUGGAGGAGGUACCAGGAGAGGGAGGACAGCAGAAUCAGUGACCUCUUCGUUGGGCAGCUGAAGAGUUCGCUGACCUGCAGCGAGUGUGGCUACCGCUCCACCCCGCCCCCUCCCUUCUGGGACCUGCCCAUCCCCAAGAAAGGCUACGGGGAGGUGACGCUCAUGGACUGCCUCCGGCUCUUCACCAAAGAGGACGUGCUGGAUGGAGACGAGAAACCAACAUGUUGUCGCUGCAAAUCCAGGACGAGGUGCACGAAGAAAUUCAGCAUCCAGAAGUUUCCCAAGAUCCUGGUGCUUCACCUGAAGCGUUUCUCAGAGGCCAGAAUACGAAGCAGCAAACUCACCACCUUCGUCAACUUCCAGCUGAAGGACCUGGACCUCCGGGAAUUUGCCUCACAGACCUGCAACCACGCCGUUUACAACCUCUACGCUGUCUCCAACCACUCGGGCACCACCAUGGGGGGACACUACACAGCCUACUGCAAGAGCCCUGUGUCCAGCGAGUGGCACAGCUUCAACGACUCCCGCCACGUCCGCAGCAGCGAUGCCUACCUGCUCUUCUACGAGCUGGCCAGUCCGUCCUCCCGCAUGUAG